UCCAAAUUUAAAAAUCCAAAGAAUUGUAAAUAUAUUUGAUCGAUUGAUUAUGGCCACUAAAAUGUUCUCUGCAUCUCCGGUAAUCUCCGCCUCCGCCGCCACCAAAGCGCCGCUCCUCCCCAAGGCCGUACCAUCGCGUCUAGGCGCCUCCUUGGCAGCCGCAGGCGCCUCUCUUAGCUUAUUUCAUCUCAAUCUUAGGCACAGGCUCUCUCUCUCCAUCACCUCCUUUUCCUCCCAGAUUACAUCUCCUCUCUGUAACUCUAUCUCAGACAAGGGAAGCCCCCUGCCCCGUGGGGCGGGCGAAGGAGUCAAGGAAGAUGCGAGGAGUAAGCUGCUUCAAGUAGUCUUGGUCUCUCCUCAGAUUCCUGGAAACACAGGUUGCAUUGCAAGAACAUGCGCGGCUUCAGCUAUUGGGCUGCAUUUAGUCGGGCCAUUAGGUUUUCAAGUCGAUGAUGCCAGAGUAAAGCGAGCUGGUUUGGAUUAUUGGCCCUAUGUGGUUGUCAAAGCGCAUAGCUCAUGGGCUGAGUUUCGAGAAUAUUUCAGGCAACAGGAGGGAGAAAAACGGAUGAUAGCUUUCACAAAAAGAGGAACAAAGAUACAUUCAGAAAUCUCUUACCGAAAAGGCGAUUACCUACUGUUCGGGUCAGAGACAAGCGGUCUACCCCCUGAAGCGCUGUCAGACUGCAAAAACGAAUCAUAUGGAGGGGGGACCGUACGUAUUCCAAUGGUGGAAACAUAUGUGAGAUGUCUGAAUCUGUCGGUGAGUGUAGGGAUUGCUUUGUAUGAAGCGUCCAGACAACUUAACUAUAAGCAAAUUGAGUGUGCACCUGAAGGCUGUGUGAAUGGUGGUGACGAACCAUUGUUCGCAGAUGAUAUCUUUGCGUGAUAUAUUGGACAGUUGCAAAAGAAACAUGGGGACGCAGAGGCAUAGCCAUAGGUGGUUGAAAAAGCAUUGACACGCAGGCAAUGUCACCAAUGUUUUCUUGGAAACAUGAUCUUGAAGAAAUGACUGCGUCGCCUUAUCUUCGUCAUCUUUUAGCUACUUACCGUUUUUUUGACCAAAUCCCAAGUGUGGGGGACAAGGACAACAAACUUGUUGAGUCUCUAGAUUCUAGAAUUCGAACGUUUUCUAUUGAGAAA